CCACGUUUUGUUAUGAAAACGUUUGUAAUAAGCGAAACUUCGUAGUGGGCGACGAUUGUGACAGACAACUUCUUGUAAUAGCAACUUUCUAUGAUGGGCAAUAUCGCACAGUAGUGGAUAGUGUCUUAUUAGUAGUUGCAGUG